AUGCAGCGCCCAGGGACCCCCGGGGUGAACCAGCUGGGCGGGCUGUUUGUGAAUGGCUGCCCUCUACCCAUCCUCACAAGGAAGAAAAUUGUUGAGCUGGCCUCCUGUGGACUGCGGCCCUCUGACAUUUCUCGCCACCUGAAGGUGUCCAAUGGCUGUGUCAGCAAGAUUCUCACCCGCUACCACCAGAGUGGCGUGAUCCAGCCCAAGGCCGUGGGAGGCAGCCGGCCACGCAUGUCUGCACCGCAAGUGGUGGCUCGGAUCGCCCAGCUGAAGCAAGAGCAGCCGUCCCUCUUUGCCUGGGAGAUCAGGAGGAAACUGCAGGCGGAGGGUCUCGGCGCUACCCACGGGACGCCCAGCGCGGCCUGCCCUUGCUGGGGGCGGGGCGUUGUUCCGAGGGCUUCUCCCGGGGGACUCCGCCGGAGGGAGCCAGGAGGGGCCAGAGGCGCAGGCCCAGGCGGGCCCUUUCGAAGCCGCAACGGGAAGCCUUGGAAGAAGGUCUGGUUCUCAAAUCGGAGGGCGAGAUGGCGGCGGGAGGCUCUGGAGGCUCUGCAGAUCGAAGGCACAGGGGCCUCGUGGGCACGGGGGCUCUCCUCCUCCUUUGUGCCAGCUGCCCAGGGAUGGGCUCCGGCUCCACCGGCCACCGCGAGGGCUGCUGCCUUCUCUGACCAGCAGAGUCUCAGGCCUGGCCCAGAGGCCCUGGGCCCCAACACCUUCCACCUCCACCCAGGGAUGCCACCUUGCUUGCACCUGACCCCCUCCCCGCCUCGUGCCUGCAACGAAGAGCCCUUCUGCCUGCGGGCCGACUGCUGCGGGAGGAACCUGGCUCCCCUCCCCUGGGAGACCGGCGCUGGCACAGCCCUCCAUGGAAGCCUCCCCCCCUCCUCCGCCGUCUGAGGCCGCGGGACUCCUCCCCCUACAGGUUCCGUUUUACUUCUGGGGCUCUGUGUGGGCUCCCCUUCCUUCUCAAAGACCAGAUUUAAUCAUGGCGGGAAGAGACAUCUGGAAAC